AAAUCUUAUCCUCCCACAAGUGACUCCCACAAAACCACUGACAGUUAUUAUCAACAUCAGCGAGUGUUGUGAGAAAAUGAAUCAACCAAGGACAACUAGAGAAAAUGGCUGCUCUUCGAUAGCACAAAGAAACCGCGUAAAAGACAAUAAAAAGAUAACCUCAGCAAACAGAAGAAAGGCCAAAGAUGUGAAGGUUUUGGCAGAGAGGAAUGAGGCUGUGGUGCCUGUGGGCGCUUGGGUAGAGAGUGCAGAUGAGUGUCAAGAGCAUCCCGGGAUUCGUGCCGUGCUCACGGAAGAGCUUCUGGAAGAGACCCGACGAGAGAAAGAAGACAGUCUGCGCAGAUUCCAGGAUGCAGUUCGCAAACGGGUGUCUCAGCAGGCCCGUCUGCGCAAGCAACAGCAGUUGCUGAAAUCAUACGAGACUGUUGAAUGUGCGGGCAGAGUAUUUCAACAAACCAGCAAAGCAGCCCAGCGCCUCACACCUCAAAAAAAUCUGUUCCCAUUCUGGGCACAUGGGGAGCUAGCUAUUUGUAGUCCUAACUCUCGCUGUGCCAGUGAUCAGGGGAUGGAGGCUGUCGCUUCCAAUCAGCAUACUCAUCAUGUCAGCAAAGUCAUGAGGCAGGUGAGGCACAGACUUGCUGCCUGUCAAACAAUACAAGAUGGAGAUGAAUUAUCACAGCUACCUGGUGGGAUAUGGAAAAUAUCGCCAGCAAGAGAUAAACCUGAAUCACACAUUUCGGGAGAUGAAAAGGAUUAUACUGAAGGUGCAAAUGAUGCAGGAGAGGAAAAUGAGCAGGAUGAGUUACCACUGGCGGGACAAAACGAUCAGCUUCUUCAUUUAAACUGGCAAAGAAGCAAAACAGUAACAUUUCAGAAUGAUAUGGCAUAUGAGAAGAGGUUCAGAGAGCCAUAUCUAACUGGUUCCUGUACAGACUACAGAUCUUCCCAAGUGCUGUGGCCUCAUGAAAGUCAGGAAGAGUUAAAGAGGCAGAGGCAGUCUCAGUUCCUCAUGCAUCGUCGUCUCUUUAUGGACAUUGAGAGAGAGCAAGUGAAGGAGCACCAAAAAUACAGGAAACAUCUGAAGAAAACUGCUAGGAUUAAGAAUGAAAAAGAACAACUCAGGAAAGCAGAGGAGAUGAAUAUGGAGAGGCAGCGACGGCAGGAAGAACAAAUAAAGGAGAUGGCUGAGAGGGAGCAUUUGAUUUUGGAGCGAUUGAGACUGGAUGAGGAGGAGGUGGCAGAGGAGGUAGAGCGAAGACACAGGACAAAGAGAAUUAAAGAGACUAAAAGGUACAUUGAUGCCACGCAGGCUCUAAUAAAAGAGAAACUAGAAAAGGAUAAAGUAGAGCUGCCCCCUCUUUGUUGCUGUGGAGACACUUUCUGGGAUUCCCAUCCUGAUACCUGUGCCAACAACUGCGUCUUCUACAACAAUCCAAAAGCAUAUGCUCAAGCUCUGCAGUCUGUCCUGCUAAGCUGUGAUGUGAAGGAAAUGAGUCUUGGACAGUAUGUCUCCACCUGUAAAGCAGCCUCUACACAUGUCCAUUUUCAAAGGAAAUGAUUAGUUGUCAUCUCUUUUGAGUCAUUAAUAAAAAUAUUGAGUAUGUUUUAAAAUUGGAGAGCCACAAGUGUUAUGUGGCAUUUACUUACUGUGUACAUGGUGUGACAUUUUCUGAUUGUUUUUUAAAUAAAACAGUAUACCCCAAUGUGACCGACAUUUUUAAUGUUUUCCUUAAUAAACUUGUAUUUGAUCGAUCUUACAACUGCUGUACAUUUUGAGAAUAAAUCUUAUUGAACUGAACUGCCAUAAUUACAGUG